AUGAAAAAGAACGACAAGCCCGCAUUCCACGUCAUUGUCUUGGGCCCGACGGGUGGACCCCGUGAAGAUAGCGUCACCGGCAUUCUGGUCCGCUCGACCUCAACAGACUGGGCCCCAGAGUCGGUCGUGGCUGUUGAUGCAGGUACCCUUCUAGCAGGGAUUAUCCGAUUACUGGAGCGGUAUAUGCCAGAUUGCACGAAUGAAGAGGGUGUCAUGACAAGUGGGCCCUUUCAGGGGCUCGAGUUGCCGAACAAAACUCCACAGGCAAACGGAGCACACGUUUUCCGCGAACUCAUCGGUAAUGUCCUAAUUACACAUCCUCAUCUGGACCAUAUUGCCGGGCUUGCGAUCAAUACCCCGAUCCUGGAGGCCGGUAAUGGUCCUAAAUCCGUGGCGGCUCUCCCUUCGGUAUUGUCCGCUAUCAAGAAUCACAUGUUCAAUGAUGUGAUUUGGCCAAAUUUGUCGGAUGAAGAUGGCGGAGCUGGCCUACUCACAUAUCAGCGCUUGGUGGAGGGUGGAAACCCUCGAUUUGGCCGUGGCGAGAGUCGAGGCUAUGUUAGAGCCUGUAAUGGGCUGUUGACCAAGUGUCUUAGCGUCAGCCACGGCCGAUGCAAGCAGCGAUACCAUCCUGAAACUGGGACACACCAUCGUAUUGGGAGCACCGUCUUUGCAGAGCAUCAAUUGAUGCUUCCAUCCAGGGCGAUAUCGGUAGAUCAUACCGAUGCAAGCUUCUACUCACCAGCUCGAUCCCCGCGCAUUCUUCCAUCUAGCACCAAAGAGCCUCCCAUGGCAACAGUAGAAAGCUCAGCUUUCUUCCUGCGCGACCACCGCACUGGCGAUGAGAUCAUAGUCUUUGGUGACGUCGAGCCAGACUCCGUAUCCCAAGAAGGGCACAACAAACUUGUCUGGGAAGCUGCCGCACCAAAAAUAGCAAGUGGAAAGCUACGAGCGAUCUUCAUUGAAUGUUCCUACAACGACAGCAUAGACGACAGAUAUCUAUACGGGCACAUGUGUCCACGACAUCUCGUCUCCGAGCUCAGCGUGCUAGCAAACAAAGUCAUGAACGUGCGCGACGGAAACAUAGGCGAGAAAAAGCGCAAGCGUGACUCAAUGUUCCCCGCCGAGCUUGGCAGUGAGCAAGUGAGUCCGCGUUCGAAGCGGAAUCAGAGUACAUCUGGUGAUAGGAAUGAGCCCCGAUCCCAUCCUGCCGAUUAUUUUGAGAUCCCUCGCAUACCCCGGAUUGGUGCUCCGGAUUAUGGGGAUGGUGGUGACCAUGCUGAUGUGUUGGAUGCGCCGGAUCCUGAAUCUUGGGUUGAUACAAACCCCCUUCCAUUGGAGGGAUUGAAGGUCUACAUCAUUCAUAUCAAGGAGAAUCUUACUGAUGGCCCUCCGCCAGGAGAUCAGAUUCUCAAGGAGCUCAAGGAACAUGGUGAAACGGCGCAUCUGGGAUGUGAAUUCUUUAUUCCUAAUCCCACCGAGGGCAUUUGGAUAUGA